UUCCCAGAGCUUGUGCAAUCAUAUCAGCGUCUAUCGUGCCGAACAUCCACCGACAAUAUGAAAAUACACGUGCAGCGUGACCUGAACGCUUUAGGGUACGGUUGAAAAGUCGAUAUUUUUCAACAGCUGUUUAUAAUACCUGUUAAUAACUGUUAAUAACACUGUUGAAAAGUCGUCGUGUCUGGAGGCCUGUUGAAAAUUGUGAAUAAGUCCAGGGCGUGUGGGAACAUUUUGAAUGAACUUCUGAGGCUCGAAAAAGUACAACCGGACCACCCUCUCACCGCCAACCUUAUUUUUGACGCCCUAGCUAUGUCAUUCUCUGCACCCGAAUCUCUGCAGUCCCCAUAUUAUUAUCCCCAUCUUCCCUUCCCAUUCAUUCCUUCCACCACUCUACCCAUCAUCGAUCCUCGUCAUUUUGCUCCAUCGCAACAUCAUGCCUGGCAGCUCAGAAGGCCGAUAUAUCAGACUUGAAGUCAUCAGCGGAAAGAAUCUUCAAGUCCCGUCCGAGCGCGUUCCCGCUGGCAUUUACGUGUCCAUCAAUGUCGACUCGAGGAGACGCUGGAAAUCGGCCAUCAGUGUCCUGUUAUCUGAUGAAUCUGUAGCGUGGGGGGAUACUGUAACUCUAUCAUCAAAUGCCUCGCCUGCAUUGUCGAUGGAGAUCAGGGCAUCCUAUGAGCUUGGUCGAAUGCUAGGCGGUGGAGAGGUCAUCGGGAAACUUCAAAUGUCGUGGGAUGAGCUACUCGAUCAUGGAGAUCACCCAUUUGAUCUAUCGUUCCGAGCCGUGCGCGGUGUCAAACCUUCUAUCACACUGAAGGUUGCUGUUGUACAUGCUUGGGACGAUCAAAAUGACGCACUGUUUGAUCCCCUCAUAGACUGCGAGAUUGCUCGAGACGCAGAUGCGGGCCACGCACAAUUUGCCUCAUACAUGAAAAGCGAGAAUGUCUCUGACUUGAACGAUGCUAUGGAGCAUUUUCAGUUGGUUCUGAACGAGUGUCCGGUCGGCCAUCCAGACCACGCAACGGCUCUCACCAAUCUCGCGUGGGUUCGCCUUAAGGGCUACAUCCGAAAUGAUGUUCAAGACAUUGAUACUGCAACUUCCCUCUUCCGCGAUGCCCUUGCAUUGCGUCCGCAGCACCAUCCCGAUCAUCCCUUGUCACUAUAUAAUCUCACCCAAGCGCUAGCUUGGCGCCACUCCAGGAAAAGUACUGCUGCAGACAUCUGCGAAGCCGCCCAACUCUAUCAUGAGCUACUCCCUCUCUGUCAAGAGGGCACGUACCUUCGUAGGAUUGCGGCAGGGAAAAAUGGGGUUGAUUAUGUGAUCGGCGGAUGCAACGAUCUUCCAACAGACGCAUCCGAUGAAGGCAUCCACCUUCAAAGAGUCAUCCUCGACCUCUGUCCUCUGGGCCAUCGACUUCGUCCCAUCACCCUUGACAAGCUAGCACGAGCAGUCAGAGCACGUUUUGAUCAGCACGGCAGCAUCGAUGAUCUUGACACGAGCAUACAGCUUCAUCGCGAAGCCGUGUCUCUGUGUCCCGAGGGACAUGCUGAUCGUGAUACCUACCUAAACAACUUGGCUCAUUCACUCAUGUCCCGCUUUAAGCACCAAGGCAAUACUAGUGAUCUCGAUGAGGCCACCUGUUUGCACGAUGAAACACUGCGGCAUCGUAAUUACUCAUUAGACAACCUAGGGGGCGACCGUUUCAAGAAACGCGGCGACAUUGAAGACACGACCCGAACUAUCAGCCUCUAUCGUGAGAUACUGACGUUGUGCCCGUAUGGGCAUCAAUGUCGUGACACCACGCUUAACAACCUUGCGCUCUUGCUCCAACACAGAUAUGACGAAUCACAAGUGAGCGAGGAUCUUAACGAGGCCAUUGUUUGGUAUCGUAAAUCCCUUCGGUUAAAGCGGCUUGGCCACCCAGGGCGUCAUGUAACUCUUUCCAAUCUGAGCUCAGCGCUCUGCUCUCGUUUCAAGCAAACUCAGAAGAAUGAAGAUGUUGAGGAGGCCAUUGCUCUUGGCCAAGAACCAUUGGCAGCUCUGCCUUUACUGCACCCGGACAGGCACUUAAGCUAUAUGUGCCUGCAGGAAGCCUAUCUGUCUCGUUACCAGAUUUUACAUGAUCUUGCUGAUUUGUCGCUUGCAAUGGAGAACUUCAGACUCGCAUCAAGACAUCCUACUCAAGGGUUCCCAGAACGCAUCAUUGGCGCAUUUAAUUGGACCGUUGCAGCGGAGCAGCAUGGUCAUGGAUCCGUGCUGGAAGCCUACUCAACAUUUUUUGAGCUUCUGGAUGUUCAUUUGGCCACACGGUCUUCGGCAACUUCACGGCGCGAAGCUGCUGCUGCCUUCCAUUACGCCAGAACGCUCCCAGCAGAUGCAGCAUCAUGCGCCAUCCGCUGUGACAAUCUACCACGUGCAGUCAAACUCGCAGAGCAGGGCCGUGGCCAGCAAUGGUCGCUGGCCUCCAGACUCAGGACGCCAAUUGAAGACCUUGAGUCAGCAAAUCCGGCACUGGCGCAUAAUUAUUUGGAGCUGAGCAAGCGCGUUUCCGAUGCCGCACAGAGUUCUACAACAAUCAGCGACAGAGCUGCUGCUGAUCGGGCGGCGACAGAGUACAGGAGACUUACAAGGCAAUGGGAAGCUGCUGUCGCUGAGAUACGUGAUCUUCCGGGGUUCUCGCGGUUCCUGCUCCCACCUUCAUACUCAGACCUGCAAGCGGCAGCCCGUCAGGGCCCGGUUAUCAUCUUCAUUGCUAGUCAAUACUCAUGCAGCGCCAUCAUCGUUUCGCCAUCAGGAGACCCCCAUCAUGUUCCCUUACCAUCUGUCACUCUCGCAGAUCUGACCAUUCUCAAGGACCGCAUCGUCAGGGCAAUACGACACGCAUCUACUCUGGGCCCAAACGUGCCGCGAAACGAUCUAAUAAUCCUCUUGCGGACAGUAUGGGACGAGAUCAUGCUACCCAUCGUCAACGUCCUCCGGCAUAAUCUGAAACUAAAAUACCACUCUCGAAUCUGGCUGUGUCCCACUGCAGUUUUCACGUCCAUUCCUCUCCACGCAGCUCACCCGUUUCAAACCAACCCAGAUGGCUCUAGGGAGCCAUGCCUGGAGGAUCUCUAUAUCUGCUCUUACACGCCCACACUUUCGGCUCUGGUCAGAUCCAGACAGAUGAUGAAGAAGCGCGUCACUCCAUCCUUCGUGACAAUCGGACAGGGUCAACCGGGUGCAGGGAAAGGCAAGGCGCUCUUGGCUGUGGACAGCGAACUCGAGCUUGUCCAUAAACUUGUCCCUGCGACGGCCAAACACACUACUAUUUCUGGCGACACAGCUACACGAGCAGGUGCGCUCGAAGCUUUGCAGCAGAACACCUGGGUGCACCUAGCUUGUCAUGGAAAGCAGGACCCAAAGCAGCCUUACAAUUCGCAUUUCGUCAUGAAAGAUGAACAUCUGACGCUGCUCGAUAUCAUGGAGAGAGAUAUUCCGCAGGCCGAGUUCGCGUUCUUAUCAGCAUGUCAUACCGCUGUGGGCGAUGAGGAGACACCCGACGAAAUGAUUCACCUCGCAGCUGGUCUCCAGUUUUCAGGGUUCAAGAGCGUUAUUGGGACGCUGUGGCAGGUGGACGACUCUGUCGCAAAACGCGUCGUCAAAGCCUUCUAUGAGAAUAUGUUCCAAGAUUUGAAGGAUGGAGGUGUGAUGGACUGUACGAAGGCGGCCUGGGCGCUGAACCGUGCUACGCACGCCACGAAGAUGAAAGUUCCGUUGGAGCAGAAGAUGGGUUUCGUUCAUAUUGGUGUGUAG